GGGAAAUCCCUCUUCCUGGCCCUCUGCGAGCGUAGAAGGGCUGCUCCUUUCAUAAUUUCUCCGUUACUCCCUCCUCUACCUCAUCUGUCCCGUUGGUUUCAUUUUCAGCAUGUUCCUUCCGGUCUCAGCUCUCCUCACUCCCCGUCGCCGCCGUAUCAUCCCCUCCGCAACCCUCUUCCUCCGCCUCGGCCUCCUGCGUCAGUCUCUCUGCACCGCCGUUUCACCGCCACUGGAGUACACUCUCUCCCACCCCAUCUACUCGGUCUGGGGCGCCAACACCGGCCUCGGAAAAACCCUAGUUUCCACCGGCCUCGCUGCCUCCGCUCUUCUCUCUCCUUCCUCAUCCCCCACCAAGUUCAUCUACCUUAAACCCGUCCAGACCGGCUUCCCCGCCGACUCGGACUCGCGUUUCGUCUUCCGCAAAGUGUCCGAACUGUUUCGCCGCCGUAAGCCGCUUAUCUCUAUCUUCGCUUCGAAUCACGUCCUCAAAGCGUCGGACGCCGCUGCGGAGGCGGUGUUGGGUCGAGUUGAGUCCGAAUUGGGAGGCGCCGGCGACAGUGGGAUGAGAGAUUUGGGGUGGUAUGAGGAGAGUAAGUUGCAUGGCAGGGAGGAUAGUGGGGAAGUGGCGGCUUCGGAGUUGAUUUGUAAGACUAUGUAUGGAUGGAGAGAGGCCAUAUCACCGCAUUUAGCGGUGGAAAGGGAAGGUGCGGUUGUAGGGGACUCUCUGGUAAUUGAGAUGCUGCGAAAGUGUUUGGGAAUAGGUUUGGAAAAUGAGAGUAAGAGCAGUAGGGUGGAUGUAUGGAGUGUAGUUGAGACUGCUGGAGGUGUUGCUAGUCCGGGGCCCUCGGGAUCUCUUCAGUGUGACUUGUAUCGACCUUUCCGCUUGCCGGCUAUUCUUGUUGGAGAUGGGCAGCUGGGUGGUAUUUCUGGGACAAUUUCAGCAUAUGAGAGUUUAAAUCUUCGAGGUUAUGAUGUUGCUGCUAUUGUUUUUGAAGAUCAUGGCCUAGCGAAUGAAGUGCCAUUGUUGUCUUACCUACGAAACAAGGUGCCUGUGCUUGUUCUGCCGCGUAUUCCACAAGAUCUAUCAAAUGACCUGAUGGAGUGGUUUGAUGAUUCUCAUGAUGUAUUUAGUUCUCUUAAGGAAAUAAUGCUGUCUACUCAUUUUGAAAGAAUACAAAAGUUGCAAGACAUGCCAAGAAAGGCAGAAGAUAUCUUGUGGUGGCCGUUCACUCAGCACAAACUUGUACAUAAAGAAAUCGUUACCGUAAUUGAUUCACGUUGUGGUGAAAACUUUGCAGUCCACAGGGUCCGAAAUAGUGAUGUCAUCACUCAACAAUUUGAUGCAUGCGCUAGUUGGUGGACUCAAGGACCUGAUGCUACUUUACAGAUUGAGCUUGCUAAAAAUAUGGGCUAUGCUGCUGCAAGAUUUGGGCACGUAAUGUUCCCUGAGAAUGUUUAUGAACCAGCUUUAGAAUGUGCAGAGCUUUUGCUUGAAGGAGUAGGGAAAGGUUGGGCUUCUCGGGUAUUUUUUUCGGAUAAUGGCUCUACGGCAAUUGAAAUUGCCCUCAAGAUGGCUUUUCGAAAAUUCUGUUUUGAUCAUGAAAUCCUUUGUGAUACUUCCAAAGCUAAUGUGGUUGAAAAAUGUAUUGAGCUUAGGGUGGGAUUUCACUGCUAACCAGUGUUAUAUUUACAAUACACUAGCAUAUUUUGAAA